AUGCCUCCGAAGGAGGGGGCAGGACCUGGGGCCGCCGCGGUGCCUCCGGGGACGGCAUGCGUCGUGUGGCCAGCGGGCGAUGCCGCGAGUGUCGGGUGCUUGCGUGAGCGCGCAGAGAUCGUGUCCACCGACACCUACGCUUGGCUGCAUCUUGGAAACGUGCACGACACGAAUGGGAGGCACGAGGACGCGCUGGCUGCCUACAAGCGAGGCAUCGAUGCCAACCCUCAAGAAUACCGGAAUUACGUCAGCGCUUGUAGGAUGUUGCGCAAACUGGGCAGAGUCGAAGAAGCGUUCCAACUUGCGGAACAUGCUGUUCGUGAGAAGGUUUUGCAUGACCCUUGGCAGAUUUCAUCUCACUUUGUCUACGGCUUGGAAGCGAAGGCAUGGUGGGAUGUCAGCAGUUGGCGAGUCGGGAGGGUUCUUGAGGGUAGCUUCGAUAAGAUCCGCGAUGAGGCGAUGCCUUUACUUCAAAAUGGCAAGCUUGUGUCUUCGAGUAUCCCAGACACUGAGGACCUCGUCAGGACAGGAAAGUGGACGGAGUUGAACUUGAUACAUGAGGCUGUGACGCAGACUCCGAGUCAAAGGAUAUGCCCCAACAUUACAGAGCUGCUUGAGGCGCCCUUGAACCUCGCCGAGGUGCCCCUGAACUCACAGGGGAAUCGCCAGCGUAUGGCCCAGAUAAAGUUUGAGACUUUUAGCGUGUCAGCGAUGUACAUGGCCAUCCAUGCGGUGCUCUUGCUGUACGUCUCUGGCCGCGCCAUCGGCCUCAUCAUGGACUCUGGCGACGGUGUGUCGCACACGGUGCUCAUCUACGAGCGCUAUGCCUUGUCGCACGCCGUCCUGCGCUUCGAAUUGGCCUACCCUUUCGCGACCAGAGGCUCCACGACGCUGGCGCGCCUGGGGCCCUGCCGCAGGCAGCCGGGUGAGCCCGCGCUGGUGAGCCUGCCGGCGCUGUCGACGCCGACCCUGAGCGUGGUGGACACUGGUGCGCUGAUGGUGCGGUGGGCGCAGAUCGGCUUCGCCGCCGGCUACCUCGUGGAGCUGCGGCCCGUCGGCGGGCCGGCGGGUGACGACUACCCAUGGACGGGAAGGGGGGGUGUCUGUCGACGCGGCCGCUGGCUUCCUGGAGAAGGACUGACAGCGCGACGGGCGGGCUGCUCCCCGAGGGCCUGCUGGGGUCCAGGUGCGGCGCCUGCAGGAGGUGAACAACCUCCGCACCGACCUGCCCUACGAGGCCCGCGUCACGUACUACGUGUCCUGCGGGUGCCGGUCGCAGGCCUCGGCCUGCACGCCUCCCGUCUUCGUCGCGCCCCCCGACUCCAGCGGCGGUGCGGCGCCGCCGGAGGCCCCGCCCGCGCCGCCGGCGAGCCCGCCCGUGCGGCAGGAGGAGAGCAGCCGCUGCUGAGCACUGGCGUGGGCGCUUUUCAGCCAGCCACCGCGCCGCCGCCGGUGUCGCCGGUGGUCCAUCACCCGCCAGCGGGGCAGGGCGCCACGUCGCCUCCAGCAGCAGCGCCGCUGGUGUCCCUGCCGCCGCCGCUCCCGCCGCUCGUCGGCGCCCCGGCGGGGGCCGCGCCCCCGCCGCAGCAGAUGGCCAGCUGGCGCUGCCGCUGCCCAGCUGGAGAAGCCUGGUGCCCGCCCCCUGCGCGCCCGAGCUCCUCGUCCUCGACGAGGCUUGCAGUUCCCUGCUGGUGAUGUGGCCCACCGUCGUCCACGCGGCGGCGUACCAGGUGGAGCUCUUCGAGGAGGGCGCCAGUCCGCGGCGGAGCGGUUCCAGCGCGCCGUGCCGGAGGGCAUUGCCGAGGC